AUGUCGUUUCCUUCUUUGGACAAGUUUUUCACCCAAGGUGAUUUUGUUGGUGAUUUUCAAAAACCAUGCCACAGAAAUACUCCUGAAGUGGCAGAUCCUAUUUGGCUUGAUGUUCAAGGUGAAAUUCCCACGUGGCUUCAAGGUGUAUUAUACAGAAUUGGUCCUGGUAAAUUCAUUUUGGGUGAAGAAGGAGGUCGAUCUCUUACCAUUACACAUGCAUUUGAUGGAUUAGCAUAUAUUCAUCGAUUUGAAUUCGACGGCAACAGUCAAAAGAUUCGGUACAAUUCUCGUCAUACAGCCAAGGCUUUUGAAAAACAACUUUUGGAAAACCCAUUUGGUGGUUAUACUUCUUAUGGAACCGUUUAUGCUGUAGGAUCAGCUUGGCAACGUUUUAUGGAUUUCUUAGCUCGUGUCAAUAAAAAACCCCACCCUGAUCCUUCUUCUGGUCCUGUCAAUGUCACUAUCACACCUAAUUUCCCUAUACCUGGUUCUUGGGAUACUCAUGGAAAUCCUGUUCUUGUCGCUAAAACUGAUAGUAAUCGUCUUCAAAAAGUACAUCAUGAUACUCUUGAACCUGAAAAAUUAUUUGAUUAUUCCGCUUAUGAUGAACGUUUGAAAGGUCGACUCUCGGCAUCCCAUCAUCAACAUGAUGACAGAACAAAUGAAGUCUUCAACAUUUCCAUGGAGGUGGGUAUGCGUCCAUGUCUGACGGUAUUCAAGAUAGAUGAUAAAACGGGAACUGCUACUGUAUUGGCGGAAAUCACACAUUAUCUUGAUGAUGACAACAAGACACCCUUCAAGCCUGCCUAUCUUCAUUCAUUUUGGCUCACUCAACAUUACGUGAUUGUACCUAUCUCUCCGAUUUACUUUAAAAACAAUGGAUUGGAUCUCGCUGUUACGGGUAAUUUGAUGUCUGGGAUGGAAUACCAUGCUGAUACGCCCACGUUAUUUUAUAUUGUCAGUCGAGAAGGUGGUCAUGUUGCUACUGUGCCUGUGGAUCCUCAUUUUGCCUUCCAUACCAUUCAUGGUCAUGAUUAUUUGGAUGCCAAUGGAAACAUUGUUCUUGAAUUGAAUACACAGGCCUUUGAUGGAUGUGAGGCUGUAUUUCAAACUGCUGAUCUUACUCAUCUUCCUCGAGCUUCUGAAAUCGAUGAAGUCAAGGCUUUGGAAAAUAUUCCUCGAACUAAAGUGAAUGGAUUUACUGUUCCUCCUUUGAAUACCUUCAGUCAAAAUUCAUUUGGUGAUCUUCGACAAUAUAAAAUAGUAUUGGACAAACAUCAACCUCACAAGAAUCCCAAGGCAGAUUUCAUUACAUUGAUCAAGAACAUUGAAUUUGCUCGUGUCCAUCCUGCUUAUCAAUUCAAGACAUAUCAAUAUAUUUAUUUUAAUUAUAUGGCGCCUGGUAUCCAGAAUCAAAAAGGAUCCAUGUUUGGAUUGAAGAAGGUAGACCUCAAGUCUGGACAAGAAACUAUAUGGAAACCUGAUACCACAGAUGCUUAUGUUUGUUCUGAACCUGUGUUUAUCCCUCGUCCUGGUGAUGCUCUUGAAGAAGAUGAUGGUGUUGUUCUUAGCUUGGUCAAUGUCUACGAUAAUAGAGGUCAUCAUCAUGAUCAUUGUUAUAUGUUGAUCUUGAAUGCUAAGGAUUUCACUGAAUAUGGUCGUGUCCCCUUGGGUCAAUUCACUGCUGUUACUUUCCAUGGCUCGUUUGUCGAUCAUGAAUUUAUUUCUACCACUUAUAACUAGGUUUUUGUUAGUGAAUAAAUAAAUAAAUCAAUGAUAAAAAAUAUGAUUUUAUUU